UUUAUGUAGUUUUGGCGCGUUGUUGUUGAAUUGACAAUUUGUUGCACAUUAUGUCGCGAAAGCAAACAAAUGAAAAGUUAACACCAUUGUACAAUAAACAUGCAAAGCGAAUUCGUAGUGAACAAGUGCAAUCGACAAGGAAAACUACAGACGCGAGGCCAUUAAGUGAAAGUAUAUUUUGGCCGGAGAACGAUGCCAGCUUCUUUAGCCAUGUCAAUCUGGAGGAAGUGUUUAGUGGACAAGAUGGUGUUGUUUCUGCACCAUUUAGCAGUCAAACAAAUUGUAAAUUAUUUCAAAAUGAUUCCGACGAUAGUCUCUUUGGUGAUAUGUCGCUACACAGUGCAACUCAAACCAGGAAUACAACUGUUCUCAACAACGUGACUGAGAACAGUUUUAAGGAAAUUAAUAUAACCGAUUUGACAGCAGCCGAAGUCAAGGAUAUUUUCUACGAUGCUGAUGAUUGUACCGAAGUACAAAAUUCGCAAAUGUUUUUGGAUGCAAUGCCUUUGGUAACCAAAUCACCAAACGUGUCGUUGUCCCAAUCAAUGUCAUUUCUAUCAAAGUCAAUACUCGAUGGGAUUGUUCAUGGCACACAGUACGAAACAUACGAAGCUUUAAAAAGUCGCACGAUCUUGGCAAGUCAAUGUAAUAAUGAACUCGCAGAGCUCGAUCCCUUGGACUGGCAGACUCAAGCUUUUGCUGAAUUUGAGAGCACAAAGCAGCAGCAGCAGCUCAACGAUAGUUUUCCAUCCAAGGGCAGUUUCUAUGGGUUGCCGGAUAAGGUGAAGAGGCUAAUAUUCGAGCACAAAGGCAUCGACAGUUUAUAUGAAUGGCAACAAGAAUGCCUCAAUCUACCGGCUAUAAAGCAGCGCAAGAAUUUAAUUUAUGCACUUCCCACGAGUGGCGGCAAAACAUUGGUUGCCGAAAUUCUAAUGUUGCGCGAAAUAUUGUGCCGGGAACGUAACGUGCUCUUCAUUCUUCCAUAUGUGUCCAUAGUGCAGGAGAAGGUUAGUGCCAUGUCACCGUUUGCCAUUGCCAUGGACUUCAUUGUGGAUGAGUAUACGGCGGGGAAGGGAAAGUGUCCGCCACAGCCGCAACGCAAGCGUCGAUGUUUGUUCAUUGCAUCGAUUGAGAAAGGUGCUGUGCUAAUGGAUAGCUUGAUAGAUGCAGAGCGACCACAUGAAAUUGGGCUGGUUGUGGUGGAUGAGUUGCAUUUGAUUGGCGAACGUGGACGUGGCGCCACACUCGAAGCAUUUCUCACUAAGGUGAUGUUCUUGAAUGCCAACAUACAAAUUGUGGGCAUGAGUGCAACUAUUGGAAAUCUAAACGAGAUCUCAAUGUUCCUAAAUGCCGAUGUUUAUACACGCGGCUUUCGUCCGGUGGAGUUGAAGGAAUACAUAAAAUGUGGCAAGGACAUUCUGCAAAUCAAUCCAGCUGGCCAAACGAUGGAGGAGAUCUUUGUGCCCACGCGCAGCGUCAACUUCAAUUAUAGUCCAGCUGUGGAGCGUGCUGAUCCAGAUCACUUAGCUGGCCUAGUCAGCGAGUGUGCACCAGAGAAUUGCUGCCUUGUCUUUUGUUCGUCUCGCAAGAAUUGCGAGAAUGUCGCGUUGCUGCUAAGUCGCAUUGUGUCAAAGCAAAAGUUCUUUGAGCAUCGUCAGAGCGAGAAAGUCGAUCUCAUGAAUGCACUGGACAAUAUUUGUGGCGUACUCAGUCCUGUGUUGGCCAAAACGCUGCCCUAUGGCAUUGCCUAUCAUCACUCGGGACUCACAACCGACGAGCGAAAGUUCAUUGAGACUGCGUAUCGCUUUGGAGUCAUCACCGUCAUUUGCUGUACAUCCACGCUGGCUGCCGGUGUCAAUCUGCCUGCCAAGCGUGUGAUUAUACGCGCUCCUUAUGUGGGUCAAGAGUUUAUGACGCUGUGCAAGUACAAACAAAUGGUUGGACGCGCUGGUCGCGCUGGCUUGGGGGAUGCGGGCGAAAGUAUUCUCAUCACGCAGAACAAAGACAACUUGAAAGUGGGUGAAAUGCUCUUCUCGCCCAUGGACAAAGCGUUGAGUUCGUUGGAGCAACAAGAGGCCACAGGUUUGCAGACUUUAAUACUGAGUGUUAUUGGACUGAACCUUGCGGAUUGUCGUCGUGAUCUCAAUCGUCUGGUGAACAGCACACUGCUGGCAGUGCAAGCUGGUGCCCUUGAGGUGGCUGUCGAUGAUCUAGUGCUGCGCAUACUGCGCGAUAUGUUUAAGAACAAAGUGCUUAAACUCAAAGAUAGUGCACCAAAGUCGAAUUGUUCAGAUAUAAUGACCACACAAGACAUCAAUCAGUCAAGCAGUCACGCCGCGUCACUAAAUCGUCGUCUGCUCAUUAGUCAGUCCACACGAUUCCAGUUGACGAGCAUCGGUUGUGCCGCCUUCAAGGCGGGCAUCGAUUACAAGCGUGCCUUUGCCAUACACAAUGAGCUGCAGCAAGCGCAGCAACGUCUGAUCCUAUCUAGCUAUAUGCAUCUAUUGUAUUUGGUUGUCUGUUUCAAUUCGAAUGAGCGCGGUGAUGAAUUGUUUCCAGCCGAUGCCACGAUACUCUUCCGCGAAUACACAACUCACACAGCAAAGACUCACGCUCUGUUUGCUCAACUCGGCUUCACGGAAGCUCACGCUGCGCGCUUGGCCAAAACGCAGUCUGUGCAAGGACCAUUGUCGCUGCAAUUGAAUCGUCUCUACAAAGUUCUCAUUCUUACCGAUGUCUUGGACCUGCUGCCACUGCCUGAGGUGGCAAACAAGUACAACAUCGAGCGCGGCACGUUGCAGCAUCUGAUCAGCCAGUCAACGGCUGCGGCAAGUGCCAUUGUGCGUCUCUGUGAGCAGAUUGAUGAGUUUUGGUGUUAUAAACCUCUGUUUGAGCGCAUCAAUCAUAAAAUAGAUCGUUGUGGCACGUUGGAGUUGGAGCCGCUUCUCGAAUUGCCAGCAGUUAAAAUUAAUCGCGCCAAGCAGUUGUAUGCUCAAGGCUUCAGAACGAUUGAGGAUGUGGCCAAAACCCGACCCAUAACGCUGGCUAAAUCUGUGGAAUUCAUGUCCGUCAAAGUGGCCACUGAAAUGAUAUCAGCAGCCAAGAUAAUUUUAAUGAAAAAGUUGGAUCAUCUGGAGGAGGCAACGGAGCUGCUAAAGAAUUGUUUAUCAAACCAAGAGACAUCUCAAAAUACAGCCACAUAAUCACAGGGAAAAUUGGGUGUUUUUUGUUGUUGUUGUUUUACUUUAAAUUUAGCUGACAAAAUUGUAAUUUACUUUUGUCUCGGCUACUAUCACGAGAAUUGAGUAUUAUAUAAUGUAAAUGUACG